AUGUGCGGCCCUGCCCGCGGGGCGGGGGUCACCCGCUCCCCUGCCCCCAGCUCGGGGCCGCCGGCUCCGGCUCCGGCGCGGCCCCGCUCCGGUCCCGCUCACGGCAGGAGGCGGCGGGGCCCCGCCGGCCCCCGGGGAGCCGUGGCGGGGGCGGAUGGAGACAGCGGGUACGGCGGCGGGCUGGGCUCCAUCAGUAUUGGGAUUGGCAGCAAUUAUUCCAAUCUCCCAAUUGCCGCGAACCAGAGCAGCGCGUCCAGCGCCUUCCCCAGUCCCGGAGAGCACGGCGGUGACACCAGCCUGCUGGUGUCCCCGCUGCUGGUGGCAGGGCUGGUCAUCGGGCUGGUGCUCUUCCUGUCCUGUGCCACCAUCGUGGUGGGCAGCCUGCGCAAGGACAGCAGGCUCGGCCAGCCCCCGCUGGCCCGGGGGGCUGCGGACGCUCCAGAUGGUUUCUCUCACGGCGGCUCCUCUGCAGAGCUGAGAUCAACCUGCACUGAGGAGUUCCCCCCAGCCUGUGAUUUUGACUCCUAUCUGGAUAUACUUUCUCAGGUGAACAUCAUGUAUCCUGAUCCACCUCCAUGCUAUGAUGAAUGUGUGGGGCCAGGAGCAACACAAAUAUAUAUUCCCACAGAUGAUCCCCCCCCAUAUUCCCUUACGGACCCUUACCAAAGAAAUGAAAUACCUCUAAAUAUCUGUAUCAGCCAGGAAGAGGAGACAGCAUCUGGGACUGCAGGACGGGCUGCACAUUGUGCAGUGAGGCUGCAGGACUGGCAGCAGCCCAGCUCAGGCAUCUCGGUGUCUCCCAGUGCGGAGGCUGCUCCCCCGCCUGGCCCUGGGAUCCAGAGGCAGCUCCAGCAGGAGCAGAUCCGGCCCAGGGAUCGUUCCUUAUCUCGGGGGUCUCCAGCAGGGCAGGCAGCGAUUGCAGUGUCAGUGCUGCGUGCUCGGCUGACCCUUGGAAGGAGAGGGAGGACAGCCCCACAAGGAAGGGGCUGUUCGGCAGGAUCCAGCAGUGAUGAGAGCAGGACUGAGCACUACCCGGACAAAAGGGAAUUCCAGCAGUGGAAGAUCGUGAUCAACUCAGUGACCACCUACGGCAGAUUGAAUAUUUAUCAAAUGAAUGUAAAUGAAUGGACCCAGAGCAGGGACAAUCCCCCCUGA